GCGCAGUCACGUGACCCGGGCUGCGGCGCGCGGCAUUGAGCCGUCAUGGUGGGCCAGAUGUACUGCUCCUCCGGCAGCCCCCUGGCCCGGGCCCUGACGCGGGCGCUGGCGCUGGCCCUGGUGCUGGCCCUGCUGGUAGGGCUGUUCCUGAGUGGCCUGGCGGGGGCGAUCCCGGCGCCGGGCGGCCGCUGGGCGCACGAUGGGCCGGUCACCCCAGCCUCCCGCAGCCGCUCGGUGCUCCUGGACGCCGCAACGGGCCAGCUGCUUCUGGUGGACGGCCGCCACCCUGACGCCGUGGCCUGGGCCAACCUCACCAACGCCAUCCGCGAGACCGGGUGGGCCUUUCUGGAGCUGGGCACGAGUGGCGGAUACAAUGACAGCUUGCAGGCCUAUGCAGCCGGCGUGGUGGAGGCUGCUGUGUCGGAGGAGCUCAUCUACAUGCACUGGAUGAACACGGUGGUGAAUUACUGCGGCCCCUUUGAGUACGAAGUCGGCUACUGCGAGAGGCUGAAGAGCUUCCUGGAGGCCAACCUGGAGUGGAUGCAGGAAGAGAUGGAGUCAAAUCCAGACUCAGCUUACUGGCACCAGGUGCGGCUGACCCUCCUGCAGCUGAAAGGCCUGGAGGACAGCUACGAAGGCCGUGUGAGCUUCCCAGCUGGGAAGUUUACCAUCAAACCCUUGGGGUUCCUCCUGCUACAGCUCUCUGGGGACCUGGAAGACCUGGAGCUGGCCCUGAACAAGACCAAGAUCAAACCUUCUCUGGGCUCCGGCUCCUGCUCCGCCCUCAUCAAGCUGCUCCCUGGCCAGAGUGACCUCCUGGUUGCCCACAAUACCUGGAACAACUACCAGCACAUGCUGCGUGUCAUCAAGAAGUACUGGCUCCAGUUCCGGGAAGGCCCCCAGGGGGACUCCCCGCUGGUUCCCGGCAACAAACUGGUCUUCUCCUCCUACCCCGGCACCAUCUUCUCCUGCGACGACUUCUACAUCCUGGGCAGCGGGCUGGUAACACUGAGACCACCAUUGGCAACAAGAACUCAACCCCUGUGGAAGUAUGAAGUGGCCCAGGGCUGUGCUGAGUGGGUACGCAACAUUGUGGCCAACCGCCUGGCCUUGGAUGGGGCCACCUGGGCAGACAUCUUCAAGAGGUUCAACAGCGCACUGGAUGAUUGUGACUACAUGCUCAUCCCGGUGGCCCAGGCCCCGAGCCGGGUGCUCACCAUCCUGGAGCAGAUCCCGCGAUCCUGGGAGGGAGGGGUGGGGCUCGGGGCAGAGGGACUGCCAGGUGAAGGCCCAGACAUGCUGGCACUGUGCAGUAAGGAACGAUCCCAGGAGGUUGUGGUUGGAAGAGAAGGUGUCCUGCGGCAUGGUGGUGGAAAUGACAAGACUGAACUCUACCAGAAGACCUACCACAGCUAUUAA